AUUUCGCACAUCUGCACCGAACCCUAUGCGCGCACACGAUCCUCUGUAAACCGGGGAAGGAGGGAUCCCAUAUGGCCGGUUAAACAGAAACAUGCAAUCAGUCGGAUAAUUCAAGCCAUACGUGCCGACUGUCUUUGUUGACUAUAAAGGUCCCAUCAAGAGUCGGAGCAGAUCUCCAGCCCAGUAAUACCUCUCUCCGUCUCCGUCCUUCCUCAUCUCUCUCUCCCGCUUCCUCCGUCUCUCUUCGUCUCUCCACGCCUUUCUUCACCUCUCCCCACCUCCGUCCGUCCGUUCUUCCCUUCUCUCGUCCCCGCCUUGUAGACAGCCGCCCCGGCGACUCGGACUUUUGUCACUGGAAAUUUGGGGACAAUCCACCCGGCCCGAGGCCCCGGACGGCGGCAAUGACGCUGCAGCCGCGGCGGCGACUCUCUCUGGCAGUUUUUCUGUCCUUGCUCCUGCAGGCUGGAAUUUCCUCGGGAAUUAAAUGGCUGGCCCUGUCCAAGACACCCCCGGCCCUGGGCCUGAACCAGACGCAGCACUGCAAGCAGCUGGAGGGGCUGGUGGCCUCGCAGGUGCAGCUGUGCCGCAGCAACCUGGAGCUGAUGCACACCGUGGUCCAGGCGGCACGGGAGGUGGUCAAGACGUGCCGGAAAACCUUCUCCGACAUGCGCUGGAAUUGCUCGUCCAUUGAGCGGGCCCCCAACUACCUGCUCGACCUGGAGAGAGGGACGCGGGAGUCGGCCUUCGUGUACGCUCUGUCCGCCGCCGCCAUCAGCCACACCAUCGCCAGAGCGUGCACCACCGGGGACCUGCCGGGCUGUUCCUGCGGCCCGGUCCCAGGUGAGAGCCCUGGGCCUGGGUACCGCUGGGGAGGCUGCGCCGACAACCUCUACUACGGCCUCCUCAUGGGGUCCAAAUUUUCGGACGCUCCCAUGAAGGUGAAAAAGUCAGGAGGCCAGACCAAUAAAUUGAUGCAUCUCCACAACAGUGAAGUAGGGAGACAGGCCCUGAAAGCGUCUGUGGAGAUGAAGUGUAAGUGCCACGGGGUCUCCGGCUCCUGCUCUAUCAGGACCUGCUGGCGGGGCCUCCAGGAACUGAGGGACAUCGCUCUGGACCUGAAGACCAGGUACCUGUCGGCCACCAAGGUGGUGCACCGGCCCAUGGGCACCCACAAGCACCUGGUGCCCAAGGACAUCGACGUGCGACCGGUCCGGGACACAGAACUCAUCUACCUGCAGAGCUCACCUGACUUCUGCAUGAAGAAUGAGAAGGUGGGCUCCCACGGCACGCAGGACAGGCAAUGCAACAAGACUUCCAACGGCAGCGACAGCUGUGACCUCAUGUGCUGCGGCCGAGGAUACAACCCGUACAUGGACAAGGUGGUGGAGCGCUGCCAUUGCAAGUACCACUGGUGCUGCUACGUCACCUGCAAGAAGUGUGAGCGGGUGGUGGAGCGCUACGUGUGCAAGUGAGCUUCCGCGCCCCGCGGCCCGCCGGACUGCUGGGUCCGGGCUGCCGGCGUCCCGAAGUGCUAUCUGUCCCCGGGGGACUUUCCCCAGACUGUCUCCCCGCCGCGCCUCGCCGGCACGCGGACGCCAAUGCAAUAAAAAAAAAAAUGAGAUAAUAGAAAGAGAGAAAGCCGGAGGAGGCCUGGGAAAGAAAGAACGAAAAAGGAGGCCCAGACACAGCUACACAUCCGCGCGUGCGUGCCACACACACUCCCAUAUACCCCCAAGCAUAGACACACACACACACACACUCAGAUACACACUUGUGCACACACAUUUUGAUACAUGCGUGUGCACACACUCAAAUAUACACCCCCGUGCGCACACCCAUUUCAUUAAUUCAUUCAAUCGUAUUU